CAUCAAUCAUCACCUUGUUUGUAACCUCCGCGCGCUCAUCCUGGUCCAAGUACCACUGUAUUAUCUUUCCAAUAUGAUAUUCCCGCCACCCUCACCAAAGAUGGCUCGCAAGCUGCCGGGUAACGAUAUCGAAAACGAACACCAGCUGUCACCACCAUUGUCUCCAAAGAGGUCUUUUGCACAGGACGGCUUUGAUCCUGUAGACUCCAAGCGUCGUCAUGUGCUUUUGGAGGGGCUCAACGGACAGAGCUUGCGCAGGCGAGUGCCGCUUGAUCCGCUAGCUGUGUCGGGCAUGGAGGACAACUCCGGUUGCGACAUGCAAUGGGUAGACCCAGACUUGCAUCUCUCCAUACCUGCAUCUCCCUCUUGUCCUGAUCUCCGAUCCUUCUCACAAGGAAAAUCGUGGGGACAGCCAUGCAGUGCCACCGGAAAAUCCAUGGCAGGCUCAGUUUACACAUGGCCUCCGGCUGUCCAAUGUGACAAUGCCGUUCGGGGUCUUGUGCCCAGACGCAGUGGAGCAGGAUACGAUAUAUUGUGCUGCUCAGAUGACUACCAGUUAUCUCGAUCCCCGUCCAGUUUACCCCUAUCGGAGAACCUCAUGCUGGAUACCCCUCAAACGAAACAUGGGUACCAUUCCCGGUCUACACGUGCACGCACAAAUUCCUCUGCGUAUGUCCGCUGUCCGCCUGGUGAUCCCCCGCAAGCUACGACCGCAGAAGACCCCCUAAUUGGCGACAUGGCCUCUCCGCCGCUGCGAUUGGUGCGCAGGACCCUGUCUCCACCUGGGCUGUCCCCUUACCGCCCCAAGCUGACGCGCCGUAGUUCGGACACCAAUCUCAUUGCUAGUGGCUCGGUGUCGUUAUCCCUUGCUUCAGGAACGCAGCCAUUGCAUACUUCAGAACAGCCAAAAUCCGUCCCACCCAUUGGCGCUGAACGUAGCAGGGUGAUGCGCAUAAUAUCUAGUCGUUCCUCAAGCGAGAAAUCUAGACUGUCAUUCACUCGAGAUUUACCCACCCAUGACCCUUCUUUUUAUCUUUGUCCCACGCAUAACCCACUACAGUCGGUCCCAAUCUCGCAGGAAGAUUUCUAUGCCUGCGACAUUCAUCAAUCCUCCCGUUUCGAGGAGGUAUGCACGCACUGUCAAGAGUGCAAACGAGAUUCGGUCGGAAAGCGUCUCCUGGCGUUUAAAUAUCGCCAAAGCUCCCUGCAAAAGCAUCGCUCGUACGACUUCGGUCUCCCUAUUCCUGGGCAUGUUCCGUUGGACAUGCUUGGCGGAUUCGACUGCGACGAGCGAAGCUUGUGGGACGAGGUGGCAGCUGUCACCCCUGCAGAGCCAUUCUCCCGCAAUGGCUCUUCUACCGCCUUUGGCGGCUCCACAGGACGCAUCCUAGACACCCACGCAUUCGAGGACGACUUCCCGGAAGUCCCAGAUGAAGAUAUGCUCACGCACAUGUCUCUUCGUGAGGUGUCUGUUUACUGAACAGAGGACUGGUCCGUAAUUAUCCCCGAUCUACCAAUAUGUUAACAAACCAUUGAACCCUUCGCUGUGUUGCAACCGACGUAGAAACAAGUGUACUGUAAUUGCUCACAUAUACACAUGAUCUUAAUGUGUUAUUCAUGGAGCAUCUUUUUUGGUAUUUAAUGCGCUUUUCUUCAGAUGUACAUACGUGUAUGUACGGAGGUGGUACAGGUGUGAUGAAUAAAAAAUGAAGAACUACAU